AUGAUUCUGUUAUAUUUUAGAAUUAUUGUUACACUAUUUUUUAACGAAGAAUUAGUUAAACAUAGUUUAAUACAUUGUCGAAUAAUUACAACAAUUUUAAAUUCUACAUUAAUUCUAUGUUUAUGGACUGGUGCAUUUGUAUCAAUUGAACGAGUAUUAAUCCAACUUUUCAAGUAUAGUUUAUAUCGAUCACGUAAAAAUGCUAUUAUAAUUUCAGUGUCACUUAUUCUCUUAACGACAGCAGCAAACAUAACAACAUUUAUAGGUUGGAAAAGUGCAGUACAUCCAAUUGUACUUAAUAUGCGUCUAUGUAAAUUUCGACAAUUUCCACUUCAUUGGAAGUUAGUCGAUGAAAUAGUUAAUAGUAUGUACAUUCACUUUGUAACACCAUGGAUUUUACAUGUUCUAUCGAUUGCCUGCGUUUUGAUUGAUAUUAUACGACAUAAAAUUGCCCUGACUGAUGCAGACAGAUGUAAUUGGAACACGAUUAUGUGUCAACAGUUAAAGAAACAUAAAGACUUUUUUAUUCCACCAAUACUCAUUCUUACCUGUACGCUACCACAUGUCCUGUUAACUAAUUUCUCUGAUUCUAUUACACAGCAUGAUUGUUCAAAAUCAAAUAUGAAUGCCUAUCUUCGAUUACAUAUAGCAUUAGACUUUUUGUCUUAUUUACUACAAACUAUAGGAUUUUUUACAUAUAUUUAUCCAUCAAAUGUGUAUAUGAAUCGAUUUCGUGAAACGUGGACAAUAAGAAGAAGUAGAGCCGUUCUAACAGCUUUAUUUGGACAUCAUCAAUCACGUACAAGUCGUAUGAUUGAACAAGUACAAUUAUCUGUAGAUGAUAUGAACCUUAACUGA